UCAUAUAUCCCAUGUCAAGAGAUGGACUUCUUCCUUCUGUGCUCUCCAGGACCAACGAGAGAACUAAGACUCCCUUGCUAGCUAACCUUCUUGGCACAUGUAUUUCUGUUGUUUUUGCCGUAUUAAUUGACAUCAAGAUUUUAAUACAGACCGGCUCCAUGCUAUAUACACUUGAGACCGUCAUUAUAAUAUUUGCGGUGACUAUCUUGCGUUACAGACCCCCUAACCGGAGUGGCGGGUACGUAGAAUUGGGCGGCGUAGACAAGGGUGAUUUCAAGGAGGGUGCCAACGAGGCUCAUGGACGCAAGAAUACUACAACAGAUUUAAAGGGAUUGCUUAAACCUAAGCCAGAAACUGACACUGCUGAAACCAACGCUACAAACGAGCUACCAAAGCGUCCAUCUUGGAUUCACAAGGGCUGUGCCAUCAUUCUUCGAUGGAUCAGAGAACAUACAACCAGAUCCGUGAUUCUUUCACUCUGCUUUCACCUCAUCUUUGAGUUCCUUCUCGUAGCCUUGUUGACCUUCAAAAUGGACGACUUGUUGCGAGUCCAUGACCCAGGUCUAAUACUCGGGAUAGUCGUAAGCAGCGCUUUAACUCUCGUCUCGUGCUGUCCACUGUUACUUCUACCGCAAUACACCGAUGACCUCCCAUUCAAAGUACCACUGAUGCCCUUGCUACCGCUGAUUGCUUUGCUUGCUGCUGUCAUUCUGUUGCUACACUUUAAUUCCUUGGUCUAUGUAGGAGUCGUCGUUUGGUUGUGUUUAGGACUCAUCGUGUACUUUACGUACGGCAUGAAGCACAGCGUGGAGGCCACACGACAAGAUGUUCACCUGAAUGAUCAGUGACGAAGGC